AUGGCGGCCGGACUCAAAACCAUCAUCCUGCUCUCCUUCGUGUUGGCGCUGGGCUUCUUGCUCAUCAUCCUCUCGUGCGCACUAUGGUCCAACUGGCUUCCGCUCCUCGUUGCGCUCAUCUAUGUCAUGACACCGUUACCCAACAGCCUCUGCGCUCGCUGUGCCGGUGCGGAUGACUUCUCCGCCGACUACAACAGCGGAUUCUUGGACUUUGGCAACUUCAUGACGGGUCUCAUGAUCGUCUCCGGCUUCGCACUGCCAUUGUCACUCGCACAUUCCGGUGUCAUCGCGCCAACGGCCUGCUGGAUGUCCAUCGCCGGUGGUGGACUCGUCUACGGCACCAUCUUGACCUACUCGGGCUUCUUCAACGAGACCGACGACUACUAG